UAAAGGCGGGAUCAGGAUCUGUGUGAGUUAUUUUGGGCGCACUGAGACUCUGAACAGCACGGCGCUUGCGGAUGAGGAUUGAAAUUUCUCGAUGAUAGUGUCCAGCCACUGAAGAAAUCAACUUGAAAUCCCACAGCCCUCUCUAAUACAAAUCAACAAUGUCGUCAACAUCACAAAAACACAAGGACUUUGUGGCAGAGCCCAUGGGGGAGAAGACUGUGAUGGCUCUCGCAGGAAUCGGUGAAGUUCUUGGAAGGAGAUUGGAAGAGAAGGGCUUUGACAAGGCAUAUGUUGUUCUAGGACAGUUCUUGGUACUGAAGAAAGAUGAAGAGUUGUUUCGGGAAUGGUUGAAGGAUACUUGUGGAGCCAACACUAAACAGCAAGGCGACUGUUAUAGCUGUCUGAGAGAGUGGUGUGACUCUUUCCUGUAGUUGACUUUUUUUAGUUGUUGUUGUAUAUUCACAGCCCCCCCCACCUACACUUGUAUGUGGAAUACAUUUACCUCACUUUAUCAUUUUGUCUUUUCGUACAUCUUUUUUGGAUGUAUUGAUAUUAAUUCUUAGCAUAGAAUUAUCACACUAGAAGGUCUUCAGAUGGGUACACUUGUAAUAUAACAGCUUAUUUUGUGUUGUUCAAACAUCAUUCACACUGGAUCUUUAGUUUUGGGGGUGUGACACAAAGUCAUCCAUGCAUAUGCAGUAUCCAAAUACACAUUUGCCAAGAUCUCUGUUUAUGAUGUUUGAAGGUUUUAACUAACUGUCCAAAAUGUGCCACUUUUAAAGGUUUAUGUGAACUUGUCACUGUUCUUUAAUAUGUAUUAUUCAAAUGAUCAGAUGCAUAAUGGUGUCAUUUUGUGAUAUGGUUUUUAUGCUCCCAAGCCACAAUUGCCUUAAUAAAAAUCUGGAUUUGUUUUAAGUGUGCAUGUGUACCUAAA